AUCAACCCAAUCCAAGAUAACAUAUGUUUUGAGAAGUUCUUUGUUUGGUUUACGACAUAUAUUCUGGAAGCAACAUCAAAACAUUUGUCUCUUAUAUCCUGAUGCGAUUGGAUGUGAUUCUUCGGAUUACAGGAAAAAAUAAACGUUGUCUAGAAAUAUGUUUACACGUCCAGUUCUCCUCAUCAUAUCCAUGCCUGUAAUCCUGCCGCUCUGCUUCGCCUUGCCUACGAAGGUAGUCACUGAUGUCACUUUUACAGACAAAGCAUGGAUUUCCAACCAUGAGAACUCGAUAGAAAGGAUACAAAACCGCCAAACUGCAUCUAAUUUUGGUGUAAGUGGGCCAGUUGCUGCAAGUUUAGCCUUCGUUGGACUAAAUUUAGCUUUCAUUUCUCUCCUUGUUCCUUUUGUGGUAACCGCUGUCGCUGUUAGUGAGAAGAGAAGCUCUGAUGAUAGUCUAGAAUCGUUACAGACUAAGUGGCGAAAUAUGCGUCACCUAUACAGAUCGGAGAAUCAUGAUGCUGAUCAUUCUUCAAGAUUUUCCAAAAAGGAUGAUGAACGAAGAACAAUAAAUCGAAUUAAACCUGCAAACCCGUAACAAACGCGAAUGCCGAAGAUAUUUACAAAAUGAUAACUAUAAUUCAACUGUGAUUUCCCAUUUUAAAUGCCCCUGAGAAUAUGUAAUUACGUAAGCUUUUUAAUUAUGUACCACAUGAGUAAUAAAUGUAAGUUAUUUUUUCCGUAUUAUGACUUUUUUCCUCUUAGAUCAACUACAAAUUAAACCACAAAGGAAACAUUAUGAAUUAACUCGUUGUUUAUAAUUCUUUGCUCUAACGUACGCCAUCUGAAAAUGCUCGAAAGUAUGCAUACGCAUGCCAUCUUCAUUAAAAUAAAACCUUCUCUCCUUUUUGCCCAAUCGUCAAUACUUUUAUCAAUAUAAGCAUAAGUAUAUUGAUUUUAAUCUAAAUCUGAAGUGCUCAUAAUAUUGAAAAUGAGUUAAAUAAAAUUAAAAUUAAUCCUAAGAAACGUGUAAUACAUCGUGUUAUUUACUUCUCGAUCAAAAAAUACAUGUACAAAAAUACAUGGAAGAACUUCCAUUUGUAUCAAGUGAAAACUCAUGUAAAUGUAACAGCUUCAAAGAAAUAUGUGUUCAUCUAAUAAGUCUAUUUAAUUUCAUUUUAAAAAUAAAAUCACUUGGAUUUUCAUAUGAUAUUAAUUUCGAUUUCUGGAAAAAGAAUCGUUGAACGCAUAGAAAACAUAUUAUAUUUCUAAAAUACAAAUUCUACGGUCUAAAGUUAUAACCCUGUGUUGAAGCUCUUUUAUUAGCUAGCUUUAUCUGAAUCUUUAGUCUAUGGAAUUUCAAUUAAAAUUUCAAUCAAAUUGUAACUGAAAUGGUAUAAUAAAUACGUUAUAAUUAAUGUUGUACUUAGAUUUAAUUCAGUAAUAUAAUAUCUAUGCUUUUUCGUAGCAUUUAUAUAAUGUAAAUUAUCAUGCUGUUUUUCCAUCUAAUAAUAGAUAGCAUGACUAUAAUAUAUUGUACAGAAUUUGAAUUCCCGUACAUAUUCGUAUACUUAAAAAUAUAAGAAUAAAAUUUUAAUUUAAGACAUUAAAAUGUUGCAAGGAAUUUCGACAUCUUUAUUUCUGAUUUGUGCUUAUUUAUUUAAGGGUACUCUGAAUUAAUUUUUGUCUAAAAGAGCCUCUGAUAUAGUAAAUUUUAUCAGCUAUCUAUUCAUUAUAAUUCAUAACAAUGUUAGACUGAGAAAUUCUACGAAAGUACACAGGAGAACAAUCUGUACACCGAGCUUACAACAAUCUGUACACCGAGCUACGAAAGUUUAUUCAUUAUUUUAAUUAGUCAAUUAGUUGAAAUCGAAUUAAUUAAAAACUAAGGGAAAAUAAGAAUUAUUUGCUUAAGUUGAAAUAAAGCUUUAGUGAAAAAAAUCACUUUUAGUGUUGUUUAUCGCAUUUAUCGGCGCAUUAAAACUCAUCAACAAAAUAUGUUAUUCCUUGUAAGAAGACUUAAUUCAAAACAUUUUUCCUAUUUAUUGGAUAUGGCGAGAUAAUUAGUUAAAGAAGUCGUUCAGCUGAAGCUUAAUUCUUAUCGAGCUUCUGGAGAAUUUAAAUAAU